GCGACGCAGUUUCUCACGACGAUCGUACUUAGGUUAUCACACAACGCAGUGACAGGCCUCCCCGCUUGGACUUGUGAGUGUUGGCAGCCGCUUGACCCUCGAGACAGCGGGAGUGGGAAGAAUGGGGAAGAAGACGAAGAAGCCGGGCAAAGGAAAAGAGAAAACGGAGAGAAAAACUGCCAAAGCUGAAGGAAAGAGAGCUCGCAGAGAAACCAAGAAGGUCUCUCCCGAAGACGACAUCGAUGCCAUCCUGCUGAGUAUACAGAAGGAGGAAGCCAAGAAGAAAGAGGUCCACGUUGAAGAAAAUGUCCCCGCUCCGUCUCGGCGAGCGAAUUGCUCGUUGAACAUUAAUCCCUUGAAAGAUACCGAGUUGAUUCUCUAUGGGGGUGAAUUUUACAACGGUAAUAAGACAUUUGUAUAUGGUGAUCUUUAUCGUUAUGAUGUGGAAAAGCAGGAGUGGAAAUUGGUUUCCAGCCCAAACAGUCCACCACCACGCAGUGCACAUCAGGCAGUUGCCUGGAAGAACUAUCUUUAUAUUUUCGGUGGUGAGUUCACGUCUCCAAAUCAAGAGCGGUUUCAUCACUACAAGGACUUCUGGGUGUUGGACCUGAAAACAAAUCAAUGGGAACAAUUAAAUUAUAAAGGUUGUCCAAGUCCACGAUCUGGUCACCGGAUGGUUUUAUACAAGCACAAAAUUAUUGUUUUUGGGGGAUUUUAUGACACUCUUAGAGAAGUGAGGUAUUUCAAUGAUUUGCAUGUUUUUGACCUGGAUCAGUUUAAGUGGCAAGAGAUAAAACCGACACCUGGCUGCAUGUGGCCCUGUGCUCGGAGUGGUUUCCAGCUUUUUGUUCACCAAGAUGAGAUAUUUUUGUAUGGUGGCUAUUCCAAAGAAGUUUCAUCUGACAAAAAUGGCUCUGAGAAGGGUAUUGUUCAUUCAGAUAUGUGGUCCCUUGAUCCUAGGACAUGGGAAUGGAAUAAGGUAAAGAGAAGUGGAAUGCCGCCUGGCCCCCGUGCUGGGUUUUCUAUGUGUGUCCACAAAAAGCGGGCUCUGCUUUUCGGGGGUGUAGUGGAUAUGGAAGUUGAAGGUGAUGUAAUAAUGAGUUUGUUCUUGAAUGAACUUUAUGGAUUUCAGUUGGACACUUGGCGCUGGUAUCCACUGGAGCUACGGAAGCAGAAGUCAACAAAAGUUAAGUUGAACAAGAGUUCAGAUGAGAAAACAAACACCGCCAACCGUGACAGCAAAAUAAGUGCAAUUGAAGAAGAGAAGCGUGGAGCAAAUGACAAAGAUGAGGAUGUGGAGUACAGUGAAGAAGCAGAUGUGGAAAGCAGUGUUGAUGAUAUUUCACUUGCUAUGGAAACAAACAUGAACAUUGAUGUUAAGGGGGUGGCUACCACGUCUGAUGGAAAGUGUCCCAGAUCUAGUUCAACAGAUCGUUUGCAAAGUUAUAUUUUACCAGAGAUAGUGAAGCCGCGUGGACGUAUAAAUUCCUGCAUGGUUGUGGGAAGAGAUACACUUUAUAUUUAUGGGGGCAUGAUGGAAGUAAAAGAUCGAGAAGUUACACUCGAUGAUUUGUAUACACUUAAUCUAAGCAAACUUGAUGAAUGGAAGUGCAUCAUACCGGCAUCUGAAUCUGAAUGGAUAGAAGGCUCAGAGGAUGAAGAUGAGGAUGAAGAAGAAGAUGACAGUAAAGAUGAAGAAUCUGGUAGUGGAGAUGAGAGUGAUGAGACUGAUGCUGAUGCAGAUGAUGCUGGGAAUAAUGGUCCUGGAUCACUUGAAUUGGGAGAUGCUGUUGCUAUAAUUAAGGGCGAGGGAAAAAAUCUUCGGCGGAAAGAGAAACGGGCCAGGAUAGAGCAGAUCAGAGCCCACCUUGGCCUCUCUGAUUGUCAGCGAACACCAACGCCUGGAGAAUCCUUAAAAGACUUCUACAAACGGACAAACAUGUACUGGCAAAUGGCAGCAUAUGAACAUACUCAACAUACUGGGAAGGAGCUCCGCAAGGAUGGUUUUGACCUUGCUGUUGCUCGAUACAAGGAGCUUAAACCAAUCCUCGAUGAGCUGGCCGUUUUGGAGGCAGAGCAGAAGGCUGAAGAGGAAGAAGGCCCCGAGAGUAGCAGCCUGAAAAAGAGAGGCAAUAAGAAAAACAAACACUUAGCAUCAAAGUAGUUUGAGCUUCCAAAAAGUUGCCAUCAAUAGAUUUUGAAUUUUGGCCGUGGUAAUCAGAUUUUCAUCCUGGCACCAGUCAGUCAAGCAAAUUUGCCAUAAUCUGUCCUGGUAAUACACUUCCGACUUCCUUUCAGUGAUCAUUGUUUGAACUUUGAAGUAAGUACUUGUUGGCUAUUAAGUACUUGGCUCUAGGGAGCAUCUUAGCUCUAUUGAAGGGUCCA